CGGCAACUCCCGGGCUGGCGCGGCUCGCUUUCCAGCUCCUUCCGCGCGGCGAGCUCAGCCCCGCUCGAUUUUUCCUCUUCUGUUCCAGCCCUCUCUCGUCUGGGUGGCGGUGGCGGCGGCAGGGGGAUGGGGACCCCGCGUGGGGAAGGGGGUGAAGAUCGAUGAAGAUUAUUGUUCUUUUAAAGGAUGCCUUAGCUUCCUCCCGCCGCCUCUCCUCUGAACCUUCCUACUAGAGACUGUGAACCAGAGUCAGGGAUGUAAAGACAGGGGGAAAGCACGCCAGGAGCUCCAGCCAGCCGGGGAGACCCUCCUCUGUGGAGGGGAGGGGGAUUUCCAGCGACAGAUCAUUGGCGAAGGGGAUCGUCGCGGGGAGAGGCUCCCUGGAGGGAGCGGGGAAUCCCACAGCCCUUUGUGGUGCCCGAGCCUAUGCCGCCUGCUGAGCGGGGUCUGUGGGAGCUAGCUUUGUCAGUGGAAAUGCCUGCCCCAGAAGGAUAUUGCUUCAGUUGACCUCAUUUUUUAAGGAUCCUGGCUCUGCAGCUUUGUCCAGUUCAAAAUGGCAGAAAAGGCUCCCCCGGGCUUAAACAGGAAGACUUCAAGGUCGACACUUUCUCUUCCUCCAGAGCCUGUGGACAUUAUCCGGAGCAAAACAUGCUCCAGGAGAGUUAAAAUCAACGUGGGGGGCCUCAACCACGAAGUCCUGUGGAGAACGCUGGACAGGCUGCCCAGGACGCGCCUGGGGAAGCUUCGAGACUGCAACACACACGAGAGCCUCCUGGAAGUGUGCGAUGACUAUAAUCUGAACGAGAACGAGUAUUUCUUUGAUCGGCAUCCAGGAGCCUUCACUUCCAUUUUAAAUUUCUACCGGACAGGGAAACUCCAUAUGAUGGAAGAAAUGUGUGCACUUUCUUUUGGCCAAGAACUUGAUUACUGGGGGAUUGAUGAGAUCUACUUAGAGUCCUGCUGCCAGGCCAGAUAUCAUCAAAAAAAAGAACAAAUGAACGAAGAACUGAGGCGAGAGGCAGAGACUAUGCGAGAGCGAGAAGGAGAAGAGUUUGAUAAUACCUGCUGCCCUGAUAAAAGGAAGAAACUGUGGGACUUGCUGGAGAAACCUAACUCAUCAGUGGCUGCAAAGAUCCUGGCCAUCGUAUCUAUCCUGUUCAUCGUGCUUUCCACCAUUGCUUUGUCUCUCAACACACUGCCGGAGCUGCAGGAAACGGACGAAUUUGGACAACUCAAUGACAACCGCCAAUUAGCACAUGUGGAGGCUGUGUGUAUUGCGUGGUUUACCAUGGAGUACCUUUUGCGAUUCUUAUCCUCACCAAAUAAAUGGAAGUUCUUCAAAGGCCCACUGAAUGUCAUUGAUUUGCUGGCCAUCUUGCCGUACUAUGUCACCAUUUUUCUCACGGAGUCCAACAAGAGCGUGCUACAGUUCCAAAACGUGAGGCGCGUGGUCCAGAUCUUCCGAAUCAUGCGCAUCCUCAGGAUCCUGAAACUCGCCAGGCAUUCGACAGGCCUACAGUCUCUGGGUUUCACUCUUAGGCGGAGUUACAAUGAACUGGGCUUGUUGAUAUUGUUUCUGGCCAUGGGGAUAAUGAUAUUUUCCAGCCUGGUAUUUUUUGCUGAGAAGGAUGAAGAUGCUACCAAGUUCACCAGUAUCCCUGCAUCAUUUUGGUGGGCCACCAUCACCAUGACCACUGUCGGCUAUGGUGACAUUUACCCUAAGACAUUACUAGGGAAAAUCGUGGGAGGCCUGUGCUGUAUUGCUGGGGUUCUGGUUAUUGCCCUUCCUAUCCCAAUUAUUGUGAACAAUUUUUCUGAGUUUUACAAGGAGCAGAAACGCCAAGAGAAAGCAAUUAAAAGGAGGGAGGCUCUUGAGCGGGCCAAAAGGAAUGGAAGCAUCGUUUCUAUGAACUUAAAAGAUGCCUUCGCGCGAAGUAUGGAACUGAUAGAUGUGGCUGUGGAGAAGGCCGGAGAGUCCGCCAACACGAAGGACUCCGCCGACGACAAUCACCUGUCGCCAAGCAGGUGGAAGUGGGCCAGGAAGGCUCUGUCGGAAACAAGCUCCAACAAGUCUUUCGAGAAUAAGUACCAGGAGGUUAGCCAAAAAGACUCCCACGAGCAGCUGAACAACACGUCUUCCUCCAGCCCACAGCAUCUGAGUGCCCAGAAACUGGAGAUGCUGUACAAUGAAAUCACCAAGACACAGCCUCAUUCUCACCCAAACACAGACUGCCAAGAAAAGCCUGAGAGGCCAUCUGCAUAUGAAGAAGAGAUUGAAAUGGAAGAAGUGGUGUGUCCACAGGAGCAGCUGGCCGUGGCACAGACCGAGGUCAUUGUGGACAUGAAGAGCACCUCCAGCAUCGACAGCUUCACCAGCUGUGCCACUGACUUCACAGAGACAGAGAGAUCGCCCCUGCCGCCGCCCUCCGCCUCUCACUUGCAGAUGAAGUUCCCAACAGACCUCCCAGGGACAGAAGAGCACCAAAGAGCUAGGGGCCCCCCGUUUCUAACUCUAUCCAGAGAGAAAGGGCCUGCUGCCAGGGAUGGCAUGCUGGAGUAUGCCCCAGUCGAUAUAACUGUGAACCUCGAUGCCAGUGGCUCCCAAUGUGGGCUACAUAGUCCUUUGCAGUCUGACAAUGCCACCGACAGUCCUAAGAGCUCUCUAAAAGGCAGCAAGCCACUAAAGUCCAGAUCCCUCAAAGUGAACUUUAAGGAAAAUAGAGGCAGUGCACCACAGACCCCACCCAGCACAGCCAGGCCACUGCCAGUCACAGCAGCUGACUUUUCGUUCACCACCCCGCAGCACAUCAGUACCAUCCUCUUAGAAGAAACCCCCUCCCAGGGAGACAGACCCUUGCUGGGUGCUGAGGUUUCAGCACCUUGUCAGGGACCUUCCAAAGGGCUGUCUCCCAGGUUUCCCAAGCAGAAACUGUUCCCUUUCUCUUCAAGAGAGAGGAGGAGCUUCACUGAAAUAGAUACUGGUGAAGACGAAGACUUCUUAGAGCUCCCAGGGGCAAGGGAGGAGAAGCAGGGGGACUCCAGCCCAAAUUGCUUUGCAGAUAAGCCUAGUGAUGGGAGAGACCCUUUAAGAGAAGAGGGCAGUGUGGACUCUUCCUCCCCGCAGGACACAGGUCACAACUGUAGGCAAGACAUUUACCAUGCUGUGAGUGAAGUCAAAAAGGACAGUCAAGAAGGGUGCAAGAUGGAAAACCACUUGUUUGCCCCAGAAAUUCAUUCCAACCCAGGAGACACAGGUUAUUGUCCCACACGUGAAACCAGCAUGUGACUAGUUACAAAAGCAAUAAAUUAAAAAAAAAAAACAAAAAAAAAACUUGUUUCUUAAAAAUGAGGUUAAUAAUGCCUGUGAACUAAAAAAAUGGGAAGCCCUCCCCAAAAAAAGUGCAUAAAAUGUUAUUUUUGCAUGGCAUGAACAGUUUAGCUUAAAUACUGUUUAAAUAAAGAGUCAAGACUGAAUUUUGUAACAAACCAACAAAAAUGACUGAAGAACAGUGAACAAAUAAAAAGAGCUCUAUUAGGAACCAGUAUUCUGCAAUGUCUGACAUUUUUGAUCCUUUCAUUUCAAAUUGUAGGCCGAUUUUCAAGUCUUAACAUUUAUGUUACAAUGAAGCUUAGAAUUUUCAUGUGAAAGGAUGAAAUGUCAUUGCAUGCAUUCAUAAUUGUGAGGAAUAAGGUACUGUGAGCUUGCAAAAUGCAUAACUUUGUAAAUAAUGGGGCCUGGAUGCAAAAGUGUCAUGAACACAUGGAAACAAGUUUCUGAGACACAGGUAUUUCCUUCACAGCUACUGCCUGGAGGAGCUGUACAGACUUCCUGUUGCAAAAUUGCAACCUCUCCUUAAACCAUCUCGCAUAUCUUGCUUUGACUUAUAAAGCUCUUAUAAGUACAUUUGUUUAAAGGAAUACAGUAUUUUUUAUUUAUUUGUGAUAUAAUUCAUAGGCUGCAUUUUACUUUUUUGCUUCUGCUUAGUUGUGGCAUUUGUGGUUCAUUUAUAAAUCAUAGACAUGGGCAAGAUUUAAUGACCAGAUAUCAAAAUAUUUGAAAUUUUGCCAAUAAGUUAUAUAUCAUGCCACACCCGAUUACAGGAAUGCAUUUUUUAAAAACCUGAAAUUAUUUAAAAGGUUAUAUCAUACAAUUAAAUGUUUUUAAUGGCAGUCUACAUUUGGAAAUUAGUUCUUUUAAGAAAUGCAUUUUGGCCACCUAAAGAUGACUGUAUUUUCCACUUGUAUCCAAUAUAACAUAACCUUUUCUAACUAAAGUUCUAAAAAUAGAAUACAGAUAUGCCAAAAUGGAAAUUCCAAAAAGUGACCUGACAAACUAAAAGCAGAGUCAUUUAAGUGAGAUUGCCACCGCCACUCAUAGAGUUGGCUGGGAAAUGAGUUGCUACGAAAAGAACCCAGGCGUGGUAACGGGUCACCCUAUACUUCUCAACAUGGGAUGUGAGGUGGGGGGGACACCGCAAUGUGUGGGAGGAAGUUGUUCCUUUUGCUGGAUAUGAAUUACAGAACCCAGAGCACAGAUGGCAGUCACACCCUCCUAUAAUUACAGCAACUGGAAACACCCCCUUGCAUUUCCAACCUUUUCAGGGGGUGAUUGGGACUCUCUUUGUUCAAAAUGACUUUCAGAGAUUUUUACUGGGAACGGUGAAAUCCAGAGCAGUGAAGGCACUGACCAGAGAUUGCCUGUUGGUGAAGUCUGUGCUAGAACCCAGCUCAUCUUAAUUCACGUUGCUUCACAGGAAUCGAGGCUCUGGUCGAAAUUUGCAACCACCAGAUGUGUGAUUCUAGGCAAGCCUGUACAACCUCUCUUGGUCUCAGUUUUGCCCCAGUAAAAAUCAAGACAAAAUUGUUUCCAAGGUCCCAUAAGACUUUAAUAUGAUUCCUUGGUCUCCCAGGAAGGUCCAGAUUUUGCCUCAGCACUUUGUACCCAUCUGUGUGUGUGUGCGCGCGUGUGUACAAUUCAGGGAAAUAGGAAGAUGCUGGGCCAAAUUUCAAGCACAAUAUAUUGUUUAAAGAAAAAACUCUAAAUUUUAUUUUAUUUUUAAAAGGAAAAAAUAGCCCAAAUAUUUAGACUCUUAUUUAAGACUUUAAAGAAAAACAUUUCUUCAUUAACAGAAUCUGGUCAUUAUAUCUCAGAUAAGAAAACAAGUUUUGAUCUUAGUUGAAACACAAGCAGACCUACUGCUAAAAAUAAUUUUAAACAUUUCUUUUUUCACCGUGCUUAGAAUUUCUUAGUGAUUUUCAUCUUAGUGAUUUUAGUGUAUCAUGUUUCAAAACAUAACCUUUAAGAGUUUAUGGUCAUUAAUCGUUGAUAUUUACAUUACUCAUGCUUAUUUCAGUGUCUAAAGCUAAAUAUUGAUCAGUUUUGUAAAUAGAGUGUUUGAAUUUUCUAUCUAUAGUUUUUCAAGGUCAAACAGGUAUAUCUGCUGUUGGAUGAAUAGCAAAUAAUUUAUGAAAAUCAUUUUAUUUACAUAGCCUCAUAAAGCAAUUAUUUUCAAACGUCUCUUAUUGAUGAAUCUCAACUCUUUUUAUUCAUCUUUCUGUAUAAGUGGACUUGUCUUAAUGCGCUAAGAGUUGACUGAUGCCCACCUUUCCUAUGUCUGUUAGGCCCUCUGCUGAGAACACUGCUCCAGAAUGUUUAAUAUUAGAAAGCUUGCCUAGUCAAAGAAUCCUAGACAUUCCUCCCUAGAAGCAUCCUCCCCAAAAUCUUUUUUCUCUUCAUUCUAAGGUACUUUUUUAAGUUUUAGAGAAUUUUCUAGUACAACCCAUGGAAAGCUUAUCCUUCCAUUUUUCUUAGUUCCUCUGAGCCAAAAGUCUUCAGCUAGGGAAAAAAGAAAAUGCUCCUCUAAAAAACAUCUUUGACUUCAGUGUUUCACAAGGAGGCAGUGUGGGGACUGAAGGCUCCCAGGAUGCACUUGUGUAGCACUUCCUAAGUCUUUUCCACGAACUGCACGUAACGCAGAGAAUAAACAUGUGUGCCUGGAAUGGUCUGGGAAUGUCCCAAGCACAGAGUUCUUUUGAAGUCUUAUGUUUUACACUAAAAAUUCAUGUAAAUGCUGCAUUUUACUUUAUAAUUUUAUAUAUUCCAUGUGUUUAAAUAUUUUUAAAAUAAUGUUUUAUAUUAUUUACCAACUAGUAAAAUGGAUACUUGUAUAACUUUAAAUACAUCUUUUGUAUCCCCUGGAAAAAUAUAUCCCCAGUUUGAGAUGUACUGCAUGAAUGGCAGGAACAGAGACUGGUUCCCUGAGGGCCACUGGAGGUUUCUGCUGCUGAGAGCGCUCACCCCUUGUUACAAGUGAGAAUUAUCUGAAUGACUACAAAAUAACUCAGUUCCACAUAUGACUAAUUUGAUCUAAUUUGAUUCUUCUGACUCUCUUAACAACCAGCACAAAUUGCCACAAUAUUGUUUGAGGUCAAAGAUUGAGUCCAAUCCUACGAGGAUAGAAAUGGGUGCAUCAACGUGUGUCCUGAGUCAGACCACACACACAAGGAUGAUAUGCUAAGUGGGUGCCUGGAAUUGACUUGAUUCAUCUCUAAACAUUUUUACUAGAAAUUUCUCUACUGUGACACAACCAGCUGCUUUGAAGCAAGCAUUUGAUCAAGUAUUAUCCUGAUAUAACUAGAUUUGGUAACAAGGAGAAUAUGUGCCAAGUGUCUUCCCAUUAAUUUCUUCUCAAAACAGUCUCACUCUCCUAUAGACACUGGCCUAGGAGAGUCAACAAUUCAACUAUUUUCUCUUGAAAUUUGAAUAGAAAAAAAAAAGCCAUAUGUAUACAGAGUACUUAUAGUUUCUUAUCCCACAACAGCCUUUUGAAUAUUCAGUAAAGGACCAGCGGGGUUAUACAUUUUGCUCAAUUUCACACCCGUCCCUGGUGAAUAGAACUUGGCCUCAUCCACGUCAUCUGGCUUCAAGUCUGGCAUUCCAAUAUACUACAGGAAAGUAUGUUUAGUUAGGCUUGAUUUUUUUUUUUCUAAUAAUAUCAAAAAUAUGUAAAUAAAACUGGAGGUGUAUUUAUAGUCACACAGUUUCUUUAAAGCUACAGUAGAUGAUGCCAAAUGGUAAAAACAUGAGAGAACUGGCAUUGACCAUCUUUUGCAUAUAUGUUUCCCAAUUUGGAAUUUUGACCGUAAGAUAUACAUUCCUUGGUUAAAUAAUUCAUUGUUCAUGAUAUCACAUGACAUACUCAUUAAGCAGAGGGUGGCAGAAGACACUUAAUCUGAAACAAAAGCAAAUAGAACUUUAGAAAUACUUCUAAGUUCAAAAAUAUUGUCUAAUUAAAUUUGAUAAUCAUUUCACUGUUCAUUCAUUCAAAUACUAGUUGAGCAUCCCGGUAUGGUGCUAGGGUACAACCCCUGGCUUCAUGGAGCUUACUGCCUGGCCCACUUAAAACCAAGCUGAGGAUUUGGGUUACUGAAAAAUGUCUUUUCUGAGGAUAGAAAAACCAUUCAAUUAUCAAGCCAGGGAAGCACACAACAGAAACAAAUGAAAUGAUUUUCCAAAGAACUGUUUUCCUAAAAAGUAGAUGGAUGGCAUAGUCUAAUCUGUAAUUAUUUUAGAAUCACAGUUUAGAUUUCACACUUGAAAUAACAAAUUGUUCGUCUGACUGAGGUUAUGUGUUGUCAUUCCUUAUUAUCUGAUACAAUGAAAAAUAAAUUUUUAUUAGAUAUAUUGCUUGUCAAAAUAGCUAAUUAUAGUCUGUAACAAAUCACUAGAGCAAAAUUUAAUACUAGUGGAAAAGUCUGUUUAAAAGUUUAUGUUUUAAUAGUGUGUUUGAUGGUUAUAUUAUUAAAAGCAAAGCAUUUUAAUGCUUUUUCUUCCUAUUAACUAUUGGCAACAUUUUAGGGAUCUAUCAUUAAUCAUUGCUUAGUCCUCUAAAUUCCUAAAUGAAAGAUUUUUAAAAUUCAAUAUUUAAAAACUACUUAGUUUGACUCAAGGUAUUUAUUCUCUAGAUCCAUAUGGAUUCUGCCACUGCACUGCCCUCCCCCAAAACAGAACAAAAAAGAAGAAGAAGAAAAGAGAGAAAGUAAAAGAAAGCCCAUCCCUACUAAGAAAGAGGAAAGGUCCCAACUCCAAAAUCUUGGUGAACACCUCAUAUUAUUCAGUUUAGUAUUUAUUGUGACGUAGUGACAUAAAUGCUAUCCUUUAGUGGUUUCAAUGACCAUUUCUUCCACUUGCCUUUUUAAGACAGCCUAACUUAAUUGUCUAAAUCCUUAUUUACCAUAAUCUCUUCCUUGUUAAGUCUAAAAGGAUUUUAACCUGUAAAUACACAUAUAAAUAAAGGGAAGUGGGGGAUUGUCUUUAAUAAUAAGGUCACCCAAGGCCAGCCAAAGAUAUAAGUACAGAAAAAAAGAAGAAAGACUAAGAAAAAUGUAAGGAAAUUUAAAUAUGUUUUUAAGCAGAGAAAUUUAUAUUAGGUAUAGGCAUGCACUUGCAUAAAAUUUAGACUAAAUACUUAUUAUUUAUAGGAAAUUUAGAAUUCAGGCCAUAAUUCCAAUUCUACUUUCUCUCCUGAAGAAAUUAUUUCUUGUCAUCUGACAGAUAUUUCCAGAUUGCUGUUGAUAAAAUGUUUUAUUCAACAAUUAUGUAUUGAGGGUCUCCUAUGUGCCCAAAAUUAACUUAGGUACAGUACAUUCCCUCAAGUUUACAGUCUAGCAGAGGUUUCAUAUUUAAGAGGUUAUAUUCCCAAGUAAAAUCCAAUUCCAGUGGAUUAUAGUGAGCUAAUAAUAGUAUGACAGUAGAUUUGAGUUUGUUGUUGGAGAAUGUCUAUAACUCCCUUUUAUUUUCCUUCAGACUCAAGUUAUUUUUUUCCAUUCUCUAAUCUAGAAUCUGAAUUUCCACCACAUAGGGUUUCUAAACACCCAUGCUUAAAAUUGCAGUAGCUGUCUGAAAUCUAGUGACAAUGUAUUUGAAUGAAGACAUUUCCCACUUCAGCAGAAUAGGAUUCUAGCCAAAAAUGACUUUGAAAAUGAUCAUUUUUAUACUCCCAUAACUGUUCUGUUUGAUUUUUUUAAAUCCUAGGCUGUAUGCUGAGCUAGAUGCCACCCCAAGCUGCUGAUUUUAUGAAAGCCGAACGCCCAUCUGAGCAAUGUUUAUCUUCCCUCCACGGUGGGCAAUGCUGGCCAACAAUAUGGCUACAUAGUUUUUCCUUUAACUAUUUUUGCUCCAUUUCAACCUAAAACAGACUUAGGAUGGUAUACCAAACACUUAAAAUAGACUUCCAAAAUCAAAACGCAGGGAAACUGACACGGAAUAGUGAGGACAGAACAGAGUGGAAAGAUACAGGUUCAGAGAGGAUGUCAGGGGCGCUCCGCCAUCCGGCUUGUUAUUCCCUGUGUCGAGUGCCCUCUACUGGUCAGUCUGAGAGAAGGUGGAAUUGUACAGGCCAAGAAAGGAUGCCUUAACCAGGACUUGAAAACCACCUUCAGUCCCCUGCAUAUAGCCAAAACCUCAGUUCCAACCGAGGCAUUGUUUUUUCAGUGAUUACAUCUCAGGUUUUCUUUUUCUUUUUCCAAAAUAUUUGAUAAAACUCUUGCUACCCUUUGCACAGCACUUUCAGAGUAUUCCUACCUCCAAAAUCAAAACAGAAUCACAAGUGUAGCUGAAUGUUUAGCAGUGACGUAGUCUACACUUGGGAUACACAGUAAAUGCUCUUUUGACCUUUCUGCCAUUAGGGGGAAGCAAGAUAAGAACUCAAAAUGGUGGGUUUAAAAAAAAAAUUCAUGGGUCUGUAAUGAUAAGGCUAUUUGGGUUAACUCACUCCAAAACCCAGUUUCCAUUCUACUUGAAGAUUACAAGUAGAGCCUGAAAUACCCCUGAAUUGACUCUUGAAAGAAAAGGUGGUUUUAAACUCCCCAUAGACAUCUGUGUGCGCUGACCAGAAAUUCUACUACAGCCAGAUUUCUGGCCCAUCUUUAAAGCAAGAUGUUUCUAACAUUCUUAUUUGUGUAUGGGUUAGGCUAUGUUUUCAACCUGUAAAUUAUACUCACAUCAUAAUGUUUAAUGACAGGAAGAUUUUUGUAAGGAACACACAUACGCAGAAAGAAACAUGUAUUGCUAUUACCCAAAUUACGUAUCCAACAAAAUGUUAUCACUAGAAUUAAUUAAUAAAAAUGUACAUAUUCUAUGAAAAUCUCACUAAAGAAUUGGCAAAAUUUUUCCUAUUAAUAUUUAGCUCAAAACCAAAGAGAAGAGAAAAAGAAAAACCUGUAACUUACAAAACACUUACAAAAACUAAUGUGUGACACUAUCUUGUCACACAAUAGCCAAGUUUCAAACUUAUGCAAUUUUAAAGAGGUAUGAUAUUAAACCAUAAAAAAUUCAGUGAAUGCAUAAAGAAGGUUUAUUAAGCAAAUAUGAGGUACCAUUAAACACACUGAAGCAUUUUUAAUAACCUUUAAUUUAACUAUAUAGUGGCUAUGUUUGCUUGCUUUUAGCACCUUGAUUUCAAUCUGAAGUCUUUCUCUCUGAUAUUGUUACUUGUGUGUUUGCUUACUUGAUUUGUUUUGUUUGGAGAAGUGAGGGUAGGUAGGAGAAAGUAUUUUAAAAAGAAUAUUAUUGGGCAACUUAUUAACAUUACCUAGUGUACCUGGAGUACAAUAGAAACCAUUUGUAGACAUGCCUCGGCCAUCACACUCUCUUCCCCCUUUUUGUCAAGUUUUACCAUUCUGGUUUGGAGACAGAUCUUGUGAUCAAAUUUCAGAUCCUGCUAAUUAAGAUUUUUCAUUCCUCUCCUGUCUGCAGGACCCUCAGCAAUCCUUCCCUAGGAUUUCCCUGAGCAGAGUAUAUCAGGUAUCAAGUCAAAAGGAAGACCAAAUGAGCCAUUAGCAAUCACAACUUGAAGCCCAAAGACAAGAGCAACAGGAGGAUGUCCCAGCAGUCAGAAAACAUAGCGAGGCCUAAGGACAAAGGAACUGUCUCUAUGCAGUAUAAUAAUGUGAUCUGACCAACAAAACAAAGACAUAGUGUUUUCCCCCAUGAUGAACAAAAAAAAAUAUGUACAGUAUGUUUUAAACCUCUAUUAAGUUCUUUAACUUCAAAGGUAAAUAGCUGACUGGUGAGAAAGGUGGUCCCUAAUUCACUAGUUUAUCACAAGGAUUUAGGCAUCAUCCUAAAUGCAAACUCUCCAUUUAAUUUGUGUGUGUAACAGGUUGUUCAUGUGCCUGUUUUCAGGGCAGUAUACAAAAACGAAAAUACCACUAUUACCCUUUUUAUCAUUUUAUUUUAUUUUAUUUUAUUUUUGAGAUGUUGCCCAGG